AUGCUGCUUGGUGUUGAGGGCCUGAAGACUCUCCGCAUCGGCAUGACCUUCGACGCUUCUGGUGUACACGCGUAUAGCGGCGUUGACCCCGAGCAAGCACUGGUCCGUGAAGAGGAGACACGCCCCCAAGAACUCCCAAGAGCCGACACCGAUGACAUCAUCGCUUGUGUGUCCAGCAUGGAGUGCGACACACAACUUUGCAUCUUCGACACUGUCAACUUCCUGGGAGCCGUGGCUGACUCGACCUUCACAGAAUGUGGUCUUGAUCAUGACUAUAGCUUCGAGCUAUAUGCUACUGCAGCCGGUAAUCUGCCGCUUCUCAGCAACAAGCUCGACCUCAAGGAGGCUCUCCCACUCGAACGAGCUCUUGACAAUCCACACUGUAGCUUCCGAGGCACAUACGCUGAUGAGCUACAAUUGGAUUCGGAUGGGAUGUUGAGCGUCUCGUGUACCAGAUUCCUCCACGACUUCAGCUGGUAUGAGGACAGUGAUCGCCUGACACCUACAGAUGGGAACCUGACGUUCGCCAAGAGUCAUGCCUAUAAGCUCGCCAAGUCCUUGAAGCGCCGAGGUCUUCUAUCCGCUUACACCAACACCUUUGAAGAGUACUUAUCGCGCGGAUAUAUCCAACCGCUUGAAGCUCCUACAGAUCAAGCCUACUUCACUCCCCAUUUCCCGGUGAUCAAGGGCAAGAAAACUCCAGAUGGUGAGGUUGGGAGAUGCACAGCGGUGAGACCCGUCUUCGACUGUAGAGUCGGUAAUCAAGCGCAGAACGCACGCGUCAACAUAGAUCGUGGUACAUGGGGAGUGUGUCGCUUAUAG